CUCAAAACACCUGAGGCUAAACGAUAAUAUUUCCAUACUUGUUUCUCAUUUAUCAAUUUUAAAUCUAACAAAAUAACGUACUUAGUCCAUAGCCGAUGCAUAAAUUUUAACUUAUAGUCAGACAUACUUUCAAAAUCAUAAAAAAAAAGUUUUAAAUUACAUUAAUUAUAUAAUAAUGAUAUGAUAAUGAAAUAUGACAUCAUUAUAUGAGAAUAAUAAUUUUAAGUAGGGGGGGGGCUUUCAGGUAAUCAGCGAGGUAUUCAUUACUUAUUAUUUAAACAAUUAGAGACAUUUUAAUGUUAUUAAAAUCUAGUUUUUAUUUAUGAUCAAUUGCGCAUCACCACUUAUUUAGUGCAUGAAUCACUGAAGUCCUUGAAAUGGUAACAUGUGACCUAACAUAACCUGGUUCAUCUUAGAGGCUUCAUAACAUCGGAUUGACAAUUCCGGAGUUUUCCAAUUUCCAUGAUUUGGUCAAAUUCCCGUAUUUUAUAGUAAUUUUCUUGCACUUACUGGUAGAAGGUCAUUUGUGAUGAUUGGAGGUGUGGAAUCAUGUGUUCGAGAGUUGGGUAAAACAUUGCUUAGAAGUAAAAGGUGUCCUCCAUUACUUGUAAGGCAUGAAUCUUCAAAGUCUCCCGAACCUCUGAAAAAUUCAUUCGAACAACCAUCCUUAUCAACACCUUUACCAGGCCUGAAAAAAGCCAGAUAUGCAACUACCAGGGAAGAGGAUAAUGUUACUGAAGUUACAACGUUUCCCAACGGAUUACGGGUUGCUUCCGAAAAUAGAUUUGGGCAAUUUUGCACCAUUGGAGUUAUCAUUGAAUCUGGUCCUAGGUUUGAAGUUGCCUAUCCAAGUGGGAUUUCCCAUUUCUUAGAGAAAAUUGCUUUUCAUUCAACUGUCAAGUUUAAAAGCAAAGAUAGUAUACUGCAUUAUUUAGAAAAGCAUGGUGGGAUUUGUGACUGCCUCGCCUCAAGGGAUACAUUUAUCUAUGCAAGCUCAGCUGAUAGGAGAGGUUAUGAUUCUGUUGUAAAUAUUCUCAGUGAAGUAAUUCUUCAACCAUUGGUUACCCAUCAGGAGGUUGACUUAGCAUCGCAAUAUAUAACGUUUGAGCUGGAAAACCUGAUGUCAAGGCCAGAACAGGAACCUCUUCUCAUGGAUAUGAUUCAUGCCGCAGCUUACCGAAAUAAUACCCUUGGCCUACCAAAGAUUUGCCCCGAACAGAACAUCAAAGCUAUCAAGCGAGAUACAAUCCUCGCAUUCAUGAAGAACCAUUUUACCCCGUCGAGGAUGGUAGUUGCUGGUGUAGGCCUCGAGCAUAAACAGCUUGUAGAAUCUGUCCAAAAACAUUUUGAAGACAAAAAACCAACAUGGGAUGGCAUGACGAAGAAAAAAGUAGAUAACUCUUUGGCUCAAUAUACUGGAGGUCUUGUCAUGGACGAGUGUAAAAUACCGCAACACAUGGGACCGUCCGGCCUGCCCGAGCUGGCUCACGUGGUGAUCGGGUUGGAGGGGUGCAGCCACACUGACCCAGACUUCAUCCCGCUCUGCGUCCUCUCCGUGAUGAUGGGAGGAGGCGGUUCGUUCUCUGCCGGCGGCCCAGGCAAGGGGAUGUACACGAGGCUCUACACCAACGUUCUCAAUAGGUACCAUUGGAUGUACAACGCAACUGCCUACAAUCAGACUUAUUCAGAUUCUGGCCUGUUCUAUAUCCACGCCAGUGCCCCUCCGAGCAAUGUGCGCAGUAUAGUCGACGUAUUGACUCGGGAAAUGGCAGCGAUGGCUGGUGAAGUGGAUUCAGUUGAGCUUAGGCGAGCUAAAACACAGCUUCAAUCGAUGAUCCUUAUGAAUCUAGAAUCUAGGCCAGUGAUGUUUGAAGAUAUCGCUAGGCAAGUUCUCGCUAUUGGACACCGUAAAUUGCCAGCCACUUUCAUUCAAGAAAUAGAGAAUGUCAGCAAGGGAGAUAUUGAGCGAGUGGCCAACAGGCUCUUGAAAAGUCAGCCUUCAGUUGCUGCGAGGGGAGAUGUGAAAAAACUGCCUUCUCUAUCCGAUAUCCAGGCGGCGUUGACCGAUAAGGAAAAGGGAUCAUUCAGGAAAGGGAGGAUUUCUCUGUUUACUUAAAAGGACAGUCAUUACUUUAAUAUUUAGGAAAAUAAAUGUGUUAAAGCCUUGUUAAUCGAAUUUGUGUUUAUGUAUAUAUCCUGUUUAAUAAAUAGACGAGAAUUAGUAGUUUUUUAUAACCAUCAUAUUUUAUUUUAAUUUAAUAUUAGUUUUAAAUUUUGUUAAACAAAUUUUAAAUUUAAUAGGAUCGAUUAAUUUUUAGUUGUCAAGGAAUAAUUGAUUAUGUAUGAAUAUGAUAAUAAAUUUAUAAAUAUCUCUUGUAUCUGUACAAAUGUUGAUUUUUAAUAAGUAUUUAAUUCAGUCAUUUUUAAAAACCAUAUAUUUUAAUUGUCUUGAAAUACAG